AUGGAGUUUCUCAACGAGGACGAGCACUUUCUGGAGUUCGAGCAGGUUUUUGAGGCCGUUAGGAAUCGUCGAAUCUCCCGGGACAUAGACACCUGUCAUUUAUCAAACCAAGACAUAAUUUCGUCACACAUAGACACAUUAUACGUGAUAGCGUCUAGUGUGAACUCUGGACCCCGCACUAAACUAGACAGUGCAGCUGAUGACCAUUCCGUGAAGGAUGUCCAACAGCCCAGUCUUGUUGGUGACAUAUUUGCGGACUUUUUCGACAACGACGAGUCCUUUUUGGAGUUUGAGAAUGAGUUUGAGAAAUUUCGAUCUGGUCGGCGAUCAUAUUUUUUGGAGAGUUGUCAUGACGGCUCAAGUCGUGACGUAAUCGGUGACCUAGACUUUUUGUGCGACAAAGACGUAAGAUCUUACACGAAAAACGGCGUCUGUUCUCAGGAUAACGUUGAUUCCUACAGAUCGUUUUUGUGUUCUGCGAAGGACUGGACGAAGAUGUUGAGGAAAAUCAGACGAAGUAGUUGUAUUUCGGAGGAUUCAGUGACAGAUAAACUCACCUUUCGACAUAGGCUUUCAGUCGGAGAAAUGUCAGCAGACGACAAGCGGACGAAGGACCAGCACAAAGCUUACUCUGUGUCAGAUCUUAGGCGAUUCCCAUGUCAGUACACCUGCCAUGAGCAUUGUGUCCCAGAAGUCACCCUCAGCUGCAAGUCAGUCUCUGGCGAUGGAUGUGACAUCGCUGCUGCCAGAACUCCCAGCCCUCCGGACCCAAAACCUCAUGGGGAAGCCUGUUUGUUUAUGGGCGGCAUCCAGGCACGUCCUGGUGCUGCCAGAAUUGUGUCGUCCAGCCCAGCAGACACACCAGCUUCAGGAGCUGCCCGGACGUCGGAAUCGACCCCUAAUUUCCAGUAUCUUGCACAGGGGAGGGGGCAUAUGGAUACUCCCAGACCACCGAACAUACUCCUCCACCAUCGUUCAUGGUCUAUUAGUGAAGACAUUGUUACACCUCAUUCGUAUCCUAUACAACACUCUGGUAUAACCCAAGAUUCUGCUAGACAUUCUUCCGCAGCACCAUCUGCCUCCUCACUUCCCUGCCAGCCUUCAUAUUCCAACUCUCGUUUCGACUCAUUCCCACGUGGAAACACAUCUGGAAGGUCACAGCUGUACCCUGGUGCUUCAACAACUGAGCCAGAUUGUGUUGAUGAAGGCGUCAUCCUUUCGCAGCACGCUAAAGGAGGAGAUAGACCUGGAGGGGAAGCUCCUGCAUUAGAUUUGUCAGACGAAAAGGAUGAGACUGACAGUGGAUAUCGAUCGGGCACAAUACCAGAUGAUAAAUUACCAAGAGUUCCCAGUCAGGCCACUCUAGAUCAGCAGGAGUUGAAGAGGAAGGCGGCCAAGUUCAACCACUUUGUUCCUGCUGCUUGUCUUGAAGUGACGGGGAAAGAAUCAUUCCAAGGUUUCUUGAAAGUCACAAUGAACCUGGUCCGACCAAUCACAAUGGAGCUAGGAGCCAGACCUCCGUCAAUAUACGAACUAUUGACGAGAGAGCACAUCGUCGAGGAGAACACCCAGCAAGUGGCAUUCUACAUGCCUCGGGACACGCACAAGUCUCUGCAUAUCACCAGUGACACCACCACCAAAGAAGUCGUUGCCUCGCUGCUGAAGAAGUUUCACAUCCUAGACCAUCCAAGGAAGUUUGCCAUGUACGAACAGGAAUUCAGCGAUCGUAAUAAACUGGUUCGACUCCGAAGGCUAACAGACAAAGACUUCCCACUGAGGUGCCUGGUCACCUGGGACCCCGAGAGAAUCAAAAACUACCGGAUGGUGCUGCAGGAAAAUGAGACCGGGGAGAUUGUGUGGGAUGCGUUUAGUUUACCGGAGCUGAAUAACUUUCUGCGAGUCCUGGACCGGGAGGAGAAGGAGACUGUCAUAGACCUGAAGUACAAGUAUGCAUACAUGAAGCAGUACAUGGAGAGGAGACUGGUAGAACUUCGCGGGGAGUGUGCCAAGAAGAGCAAGAGCAAAACGUGA